CAACAUGCGCAUGUAGUUCUGUUUUGCUUCCUUCAAGCACAUGAGACAAACCAACGUGGCUUUUGCUUUUGACAAGAUAUUUCUGAAGCAACUUCAUGAAGUUACAUGGCUAUUAAAUUAAACGUUUUUGUGCCAUCACCGACUUUAACAAAACUAGCCGAUUGACAAGUAACUUAUCUCGCUGUUCUGCUUUAGAGACAAACUGUCCUCAGGAAUCAUGUUCAAUGAGGAAGAAGAAUGGAGUGAUGAACAAGACGCUAAAGUCCUAACCGAAACCGUCCCCAGAAACAACCAGAAGGCGAACAGCAGCACAAAUGCCAAGGCUAAGCUGGUUGGAAAGAAGAGCCUGAUGCGGACCCUGCAGACCCUGGGGUCGGUACCAGAGUGGAAGAACGAAGAAAACGAGCAGGGAAGUGACAGUGAGGCAGAAGUGGUCCCGACACACCCCAAGAGAAAGAGAAAGAAGAAGAGAAGUAAAAGGCGAAAGAAAGCAGAGGACGCAGACCAGAUUGCUAUUGAGGAGAAACCUGUACCAAACAAAAGGAACAAAUAUAAAAAAAUUGUGACCCCGGAGGCAGAAACCACAUUUGUGGGCAAGACGGAAGAGAUAAAAGUGACCCAAUCUGACACAGUAAAUGGAAAUAAACCAGAGGACAAUGAGCAACUAAGCAGAAAACAGUGGAAAACCAAGAUGAAGAACAAGAGGAAAUCUAAUAAUAAAUUCAGAGAGAAUAAGCAUAAGGAAGUAGUCAAUAAUGAAUCUGCAGAGCCAGACAAGCCAAAAGAAGACGUCAAAAUAAUUCCAAAUACAAAGAGUCAAACUCCAGCAAAGAAAAAGGCAAAGCAACCUAAACCACAGAAAAGGAAAAACCCUGAAGAGGAAACUGUUGUAGCCGCUACAACAGAGAAGCCGCAAAUUGGUGGCAAAGUUGAAAAAGCUGAAAAAAGAUCUCCUGCUGGUGGAUCAAAACAAAAAGCAGAGGAACCUAUAGUGGAGAUCAAAGAGGAUCAGCACCCAUCUCCCAGCAAAAGACUGAAACCUGAGCUGAGCAAAGCAGAGAUUCUGAAAAGAGAGAAGCUGCGCAAAAUGCUGCUCAGCCAGGAGCAGGUCCAACAGGAGAAGGUCCAACAGGAGAAGGUCCAACAGCAGGGUCCUGUGGAGACGGAAGAGGAGCCUGUGGUACCAGAAGAAGAGGGCCAGCAGGACCGCUCCUCCUCCCUCCGGUCCCGCAUGGAGCAGCGUCUGGAGUCAGCUCGUUUCCGCUACAUUAAUGAAGUUUUGUACAGCACGACCAGCGGAGAAGCAAAGCGUAUGUUCAAACAGGACCCAGAGGCCUUCGGGAUCUACCACAGAGGAUACACUGCACAGGUCCAGAGAUGGCCGGCUAAUCCAGUGCAAGCCAUCAUCGCUUACAUUCAACUAAAGCCUCCCACUCUGGUGGUUGCAGACUUUGGUUGUGGCGACUGUAAAAUAGCAAGCAGUGUGAAGAACAAAGUGCACAGCUUCGACUUGGUGGCUACAUGUGAGCUUGUCACAGUCUGCGACAUGGCCAACGUCCCUCUUCCUGACAGAUCUGUGGACAUCGCUGUGUUCUGCCUUUCUCUCAUGGGGACCAACCUGGCAGAUUUUCUAGCAGAGGCCAAUCGUGUCUUAAAGAUUGGGGGUGUCCUCAAAAUAGCAGAAGUGGCGAGCAGGUUCGAGAACGUGCGGAACUUCGUCACUGGGCUGUCAAGCCUGGGAUUCAAGCUGUUGUCCAAGGAAUCGGAGAACAAAAACACUCAUUUCUACUCCUUUGAACUAUUGAAGACAGCCGACGCUCCAGAAAAUCUAAAAACAUUUGGACUGCAGUUGAGGCCCUGUGUCUACAAGAAAAGAUAAAUGAAUGUGAAAGGACAUCUGUGUAUGUCAUAUUUUACUUACACAGUUCAAUAGUUGUACAUUUGUAUCAAACUGUUUUGAUUGUAUUGCUACAUUUUGAAGCCUCUGUAAUUCACAGUUUUCAGCUGUUUAAUUAUCUUCAUUAUUUGUACAUGUUUUCUCAUGUAAUACAGUGCUCUGUCAUCAUAUGCCAUCAUUAUCAGAGAUCAUGCUGGUUCCCUACCCUUGUCUCUGGUUUAAGAUGUGCUGAUCAGUGAAAUAACCGUGUGGUGUUUUGUUGGAAUAAAACCUACAUACAGUUUGGUUGUCCUAAUAUAAUUGAUGUCCAUCCA